AUGGCUUCUGAAUUCCAUUCUGAUCUUGCCGCUGACUUUGGUAGCUUACUUGAAAAUGCAGACGAUUAUAAUGUUGAAAUUCGAGUAGGAGAGGAGCCCAAUGUGAAGUCAUUUCAAUCACAUUCUGUAAUCCUGCGUGGACGUUCUCCAUACUUUCGAACCGCCUUAUCGAGUAGUUGGGCUCGAAAAGAUGGAGAAAAGUUUAUUCUCAAACAACCCAAUAUUUCGCCUACCGUAUUUGAAGUUAUACACAACGGAUCUAUUGACUUUAAUGCUCAGAAUAACCCUGACUUACUCGAGUUAAUGGUAGCCGCUGAUGAACUGGCUCUUACAAAGUUAAUAAAUCACGUCCAAGAUUACCUUAUAGAAACUCAAUGCUCGUGGCUGCGAGAAAACCUCUUUUCCGUAGUUCAUGUCGUCUGCCGUCAUGAACCGUGCUCACAACUACGUGAUUACAUUCUGAGUUAUAUAUGCGGCAAUCCGCAAGUGUUGUUCAAGUCUGAAAACUUUUGCUCGGUGGAGGAGAAUGUACUGUCAUAUCUAUUGAAGAGAGACGACUUGGAGAUGGAGGAGACUGAAAUUUGGGAAUCUUUGUUACAGUGGGGAAUUGCAAAUAUGCCGUCACCAUCAUCCAGUGAUUGUAAUAAAUGGAGUAAGGAAGAAUUUGCAGCUUUGGAGCGUACGUUACAUGAUUUGAUCCCUUUGAUUAGGUUCUUUCAAAUGCCUUCGAAUGAAUUUUACGAGAAAGUUAGGCAAAAUUUUAAAAAAAUCUUGCCAAAAGAAUUGAACGAAGAUAUUGUCAAAUAUCAUAUGAAGUCACCCGAUGUGAGUGACAUUAAAUCCGAGAUUCUGCCUCCCCGUCUCAUUCCAAUGGAUUCCACAACUAUAAAUACCAAGCAUGCUGCUCUUAUUUCCAGUUGGAUUGACCGGAAAUACGAUGCGAUAACUCUAAGCAAUUAUAAAGACAUGUCACAUGAAUUCCGGUUGCUUUUACGUGGCAGUCGAGACGGCUUUGAUGCACGGACAUUCCAUAGCCUCUGCGAUAGUAAAGGUCCGACGGUAGUGAUAGCCAAGGUCAGCAGAACAGGCGAGCUUGUUGGCGGAUACAAUCCAACGAAAUGGCAGCAAGCAUACGAUAGUCAAUACGUCAGAGCACACGAUAGUUUUAUUUUUUCGUUUGGAGACAAUAAUCAUUCUAAAUUGAGUCGAGUCAUGUUGAAUUCUGUUAAUUAUGCGAUCAGAUGGACUGAAUCGUAUGGUCCUUGUUUUGGAAAUGGCGAUUUGUGGAUGAAUCGUGCAAUUGAUGCAGCCUCCGAAAACAACAGAAAAUGGUCUAGUAGGAGAUCUUCGUAUGAAUAUAGUAUAAUUGAUAGUGAUAGCUUUGAUGUCGAGGACUAUGAAGUGUUUCAAAUUGUUAGAAAGUCCGCUAGCUGGUCAAAUGACACAUUCGAUGUGUCGUUAACUACUUUUGCGGUUCAAUUCUUUGCGGACGUACUAACGAGGCUCGGGGCUGAUAAGGACAAAUUCAACGAAUUUGUAAAAAGUGUUGAAAAAUCCUAUAACGCAGAGAAUCCAUGUAAGCACAAGUAUUUUGGUUAUUCUAACACGCGUAAACUCUUUGGACGGCCUUUCACCAUCAUUUCACCAUUUUCCCGGAUAGAUCACAACGCAUUUCAUGCGGGCGAUGUUUUACAAUCUGCUUAUUUUUUCACACAACAACAAAGGAUAAAAGAGAUUCUGUCUGAUCUGGAUGUAUUAACUUUGCUUUUCGGUGGGUCAGUAGACAGACUUAUUCUGAAAGUUUCGCCCUUAUUAACGGUUACAUUCCAUUUAGCCGCUCUAGUUCAUGACAUUGAUCACCCUGGACUCAGUGCAGACUUUCUUUUGAGAAUAGAACAUAAUACUGAAGCAGUGCAAAAGUUAAAACUGAAUAGAUAUUUCACAAGUCAUAAUAAUAGAAGGAAUUUUCUAGAGCAUUAUCAUGUAGUUUUUGCUUUUGAUCUCUUAUUUCAAGAGAAACAUAACUUUUUACAAUGUUUAAAUGAUAAUGACCUGUUACUAUUUACUAACCGUGUAACUGAUUUGAUAUUGAGUACUGAUAUGGCAGAUCAUGAUUUACAUUUGAGUGAAUUUCAGAAGAUUCUAUCAACUAACAGUGAUAUAGGAAAGAGUGAUGUUUACAAGCUGAGCUUGAUGAAGAUCAUCAUAAAGGCGUGUGACAUAGGUCAUCCAGCAAAACCUCUUGAAAUUCAUAAAAAAUGGAGUGGUCUUGUGAUCAAUGAAAUGCAAAUUCAGGCGGAAAAACAGAGACUGUUUGAAACUGGCCAGUUGCCAUUGAUGGACCAUAACAAUGAUAAUAAUAAGAAAAUCAAUGCGGAGUUUCUCAAACACAAAGUGAUACCGCUUUUUGAAACACUGUCACUAUAUGUACCUCUUGAAAUUCAGACGAAACAAUUGUAUGAAAACUUGUGUUAUUGGGAAUCCUAA